UAUUCAUCUUAACUAUUCAAUUGUGUCUUAAUCUUAACAUCUUAAAUAUUCAAUUGUAUCUUAAUCUUAAUAGAACAUCGCGUUUAUUAAGAUAGGUAUUCAAGAAAAAUGUAAGUAAUAUUUAUUUAAGGAAAGACGUUAUUUAAAACAGGAGAAUGACCUGUAGGUAAAAAGUAGCAGUAAGGCAACAGGAUUACAAACAUUGCGAGAACAUAAAAGUGGCUAUAAAGUGAGGAUAUUCAGCAUGAAAUGCGAUAUGUACUUCGUCGAUGAAUCGAUAACUGGUAUGUCGGUUUCUAAGGCAGAAGACACCCCACCAAAGAAUCGAACAUAAUUUGCGGAUGAUUACGAAGAGAAAAAUGAAGAGAGGGAAUAUUAUCGCUGCGGAAAGUGACCGAUCUUUUUUUUCAUGAGAAAGGAACAUCCGUGGGUGUUCCUCCGAUAUAAAAUCAAUUAUUUAACCACAUAUUUCUUUCGAAAGGAGAAAAUUGUCAAAUUGCACAUCAUUAUAUAUAUAAGGCUAUUCGUUAUAGAUUGGCCGUAAUUUUACGGCGCCGCGGUUUGCUAUAAAGAACAAAUUACGAAAUGCGCGAUCGAUUGUUGGAAAAGAGGGGAUAAACGGAGCCUUGACAACUUCUUCGCGAUCAGACGCAUCCUGGUACUCAAAGAGAGAUGAUCUGCGUAAAAUCGUUGCAACUCGAUCUAAAUCGAGCUCUCUUGCUAAUGGUGGGUUUAUGGCCUUAUAAGCAAUCCAAAUUUGCCAGAGUGCAAUUGAUCGUAUUCUACAUUAUCUUAAUAAGCAGUAUUAUAUUUCAGUUUACGACGUUCAUCACGGCAGAAUGCAAUUCACAGAUGGUCAUUGAGAUUCUCUCAAACGCAUUCUUCUUCAUUACCCUUGCAAUUAAAUACAAUAUGUUCAAUUUUAACAUGGAUACUGUGAAAUAUCUACUGGAGGUUCUCCAAUAUACCUACAACGAGCUGAGGGACGAUGGAGAAAUCGCGAUCAUAAAAAAAUACGGGACUAUCGCGAAACGUUAUACCUAUGCGCUUACGAUACUGUCCGUGUUUGGAAUUUUUUCCGUUAUGCUUCUGCCGUUUUGGCCGCGUUUUCUCGACAACGUGUUCUCCAUGAACGAAUCUCGAUCACAUGUCUCGCUAUACAUCGUUACGGAGUACUUUGUCAAUCAGGAGAAAUACUUCUAUUUAAUUCUACUGCAUGUAAACUCCGCGUUUUGCAUAGGCUGGAUUGCAUUGCUGGCGGUAGGAACAAUGACUAUUGCGUGUUGGCAAUAUGCCUGCGGGAUGUUUCAAAUCGCUAGUUACCGUAUGGAACAGGCUAUGAUGGACGACGCUCUAAAAAUAAACGAUACGUACAACAUUGGCUUGAAAAGGAUAAUCUGUGGCAUUGAUAUGCAUCGCAAAGCUCUGGCGUUUGUAAAAUAUUUCUUAUCCAAAAUCGAGGUAUCUUAUUUCUUUCUAAUGACAGGCGUAGUGAUUACCUUGAGUCUCAAUCUCUAUCGAGUUUUUGACGGUUUAUCAUCUGGAGUUGAUAUCGAAAAGUUAAUAUCACCUGCUGUGUUUUUGGCUACCAACUAUGUAUUGAUGUUCCUUUCCAACUAUACUGCACAACAAGUUAAGGAUCAUAAUGAUCUCUUAUUCAUUACAGCAUAUAAUAUUCAAUGGUAUGUAACACCCUUAUAUAUACAGAGAAUAAUAUUAUUCCUGCUCCAAAAGGGUAUUAAAUCGUUCAACAUGAAUCUCGUUGGACUAAUGGUGGGAUCUCUGGAGGGUUUCAGCACGUUGGCGAGCGCAUCAAUAUCUUACUUCGCUGUUAUAUAUUCUGUGAGACAAUGAUUUAUGAGUUAUGAACUGAUGCCAUAACAUCUAAUGAUAUUAGUUCUAAAUAUAUAUAUCAUAUAAGUUAAAAUUGAUAGAAUACGUAGACUUCGAUAUAAUUAGUAUAGGAUUAAAUGACGUUCAACGUCUCAGUAAUAAAGAUUUCUUUAAAUCCUGAUCGAUUUUAUCAUCUAUG